AUGGCCACUCUUAAUCGGGACCGCCCUUUGCGUCAGAGACGGCUUGGCCGCUGCCAGGUGUCGUGGAACACGCCCAGACCUGGCCAGCGGUCGCCCUAUCGAGUCGCAUUGACGGGACAGGGCACGUUGAAACAAGACCAAAAACGGCCAGAAGAGAGCACGCUCGGUCAGCCAGUCGACCGACCACGUUGUCUACGCGAGCCUGUCGACGAGCUGCACGAACCUCGAACCUCGAAGACCAUACAGCGCGUCGCGCCCGAUGUUGGCUCCAUGUCUAACCCGCCAUUGUCUGACGAUGCUGCAUCCGCUGCAGGGGUGAGCGAUUCCCACGCUCACACUCGUCCUGCUGCCUACGACGAUGCUGCCGCGCUCCAGAUCGAAGCCGGCCAGGUACCACAAGAGCCACAGCCACAAAGACAAUCACAGACACAAGCACAACCCCAACCACAAGAGCACCAACCGCCACACACCCCAGAGCCCAUCAAAUAUACCCGGGGUCCUACCCUCCAGCGGCCUUCUGGUCCGUCCCUGCUGACCCAGGCUCUUGCAACAGCGCGCGGCAUCCCGAGAGACAAGCAAAUUUCCGCCUUCUCUUCCUCCCAGCCCACGUCUCAGGAUAAGGACAACGAAGGCCGACAUGAGUCGUCGACACCGCGUUCAUCCCCUCGCAAGACGACCAUGCAUGGAAGACUCGAUCUCGGCGAGGUCAACUCCAGGCUCCUCAACGGCGAACACUGCGAUAGGGAAAGAGACGGACGUCCACCCCAGCCUGCUCGACCGCUGCCCGAAAAGGUAUGGUCGAUCGGAGCUGGCGACGCCGGCAUCGGCGAGGACGGCAAGGUGGAAAAGUCAAUUUCCGAGGUCCUUGCCGGUGUUGAGCCCAACAAUCGCAGUCGCAAGGCCAGCCACAGUCUCCGCUUUUUCAAGGAGGGUCUUCCGGACGAGCAGCGGCCAAAGAAGAAGGAGCACAAAUCGGAAAAGCUGCAGGAGAUCCAGGAGCGGUCUGUCGACGAGAAGCUGAAAAGCGGCGGUGACAAUGGCACUGGCUCCCAUAUCAGGUCACAGGCUGCUUUUCCGUCUUCAUCCGAAAAGGGGAUCGGUCGCGACAUCCCUCCUGAGGACCAAGCUGUCAAAAAGCCAGAAGGCGAUAACGUUGUGUCGGUGGUGGGCUCGCCCCCGUCGAGCCCCGGCGCCGGCGACAGCGAAGAGGGACAAGAGUCAGGCGAGGAGCAGAUCUCUUCUGCCGUGCGACACUCACGGCACGAUGACUACCAUCCGUGGCUCGUCAAGGCAGACGAGCCCGAGCCGGAUGAAGAAGAGCUUGAGGAAGAACGUGGAGAAGAUGAGCAUGAGCCAGCGCAAGAGCACAAGGACAAGGACAAGGACAAGCACAAGCACAAGCAGAGAAGGAUCAAAUCUGAUGCUGCCGAUGGUUGUCCCACUGUAGCUCCCGAGGUAGCUCUCAGGCAGGUUGAUCAACCCACGCCCACGCCCACACCUGCCCCCCAUGAUGAUGAUGAUGAUGAUGAUCAUGAUGAUGUUGAUGAUGAAAGUGAACGAUCGGCGCGUGCCCAAUCCUCGUCCUCUUCCGCCCCGUACCAUGAAGAAGCUGCGUACGACCAUUACUAUAAUGCGCCCCGGCAGCCGCUGGAGGCGAUUGAGUUGAUUCCCUACAAGCACCAAGUGGGAGGUCACACCACGCUGUGGCGUUUCUCCAAGCGUGCCGUCUGCAAGCAGUUGAACAAUCGCGAAAAUGAGUUUUACGAAAAGAUUGAAAAGUACCAUCGCGAUCUGUUGCGCUUUCUGCCGAGAUACAUUGGCGUACUCAACGUCACAUUUCAGAAGCAGCCGCGGCGCAAGUCGACCAAGCGCGAGGAUGCGGGCGAGCCGCAGGCCGAGUCACAGGCCGGCGCCGCCGAGACGUCUCAGGACGGGCAGCCGCGCAUGGUCAGCCAGUCGAUGCAGUCCACGGCCGGCCAGAUCCCGACGGUCACCUUCGUCGACAAUCGCCACAUCCUACCUCGCAACUUGUUGCAGCCGAGUCUCCCUCCGCUCGCCGGCCGCUUUAGAAGUGCGUCCGAGUCAGUGCGGGGCGCCACGUCUGGUAACGACAGCAGCCAGGGCUCUGCCGCCGCGAUCCAGAACGAGUCUUCCCGGACAGGACAGCAGGAGCGUCCCAACAGCUGGGGUGCUACGACGGUGAACAAGAAGCUACGGAAUGAGGUCUUCAACGAUGCUUUCCUUAAGCAACCCAUCGCCAUCCACCGCCACCGCAAGGGCCACCACCGUCCCUUCCCGCGGCCGCGGCCGGUUGUUGGCUCCGAGGGUGCCGGCACGCCUGCGUCUGCUGCUAACGGCAUUGACGUCCCGUUACCUAAGAGCGCCAUCGACCUUGCCCACGCAGACAGGUAUGCGGCUGACGACGAGCUGGGGCCGAGGGAUAUCACCGGUACUAGUGCGCCAGAGCCCGAGAUCCUGGGCGACACGUCGCCGGCGCAGAGGAAGAAGAAACGGCGGUAUUCGGGGUCAGGGCUAAGGAGGAAGCCGAAGGAUGUGCAAGAUGGGAGGGGUGACCUGGAGUACUUUGAGGAGGCGGAUGAUGUCGAUUAUAAGAGCGCUCGCGGGGAUGUCCCGUCGCGCGAGGAGCUCAAGACGGCCCUGUCGCAGCGCACGAGUACCGUUGCUAGUACCGUGUCUAGCACGGCGAUCCCGACUGCGUCGACCAGUCCUGCUCCCCUAUCAACUACCGCCAGCGCCGAUGGGACUGUUGGGAAUGCCGUAGUACCUAACGGCAACGGCCAGCACCUCGCCCCCGUCCCGUACAAAAUCCCGCGCCCGCUCAACCCCAAAGAAGCCCAGACCCAGCGCAACACGCGCGUCGAGUACUUCUUACUCUUAGAAGACCUCACGGCCGGCAUGAAGCGCCCGUGCAUCAUGGACCUAAAAAUGGGAACCCGCCAAUACGGUGUCGACGCGACCCCCAAAAAGCAAAAGUCCCAGCAAGGGAAAUGCGCGAAGACCACUUCCCGAGAACUCGGCGUGCGCGUGUGCGGAUUGCAAGUCUGGGACGUCAAGACGCAGAGUUAUGUGUUUAAGGAUAAGUAUUAUGGGAGGGAGCUGAAGAAGGGCGCCGAGUUUCAGGCCGCGUUGACGAGGUUUCUCUAUGAUGGGGUGGAUAAGGCGAGCAUACUUCGGCAUGUGCCGACUGUGUUGAGGAAGCUGGAUGAGCUAGAGGUGAUUAUUGAGCGGCUGAGGGGGUAUCGAUUUUAUGCGGCUAGUUUGUUGAUGUUUUAUGAUGGGGAUCAGUCAAGUGGCGUAGCGAAUGGGGAGGAUGAGACGACGGAUUUUACUACCGAUGCGGAGGAGGUGCAUCAACAGCCACAGCAUGGCAAUGGUGCAGCCGCACAACAGCCGAGGAGAACGAGGAAGAGUAGGAGGGAGAUUGAUUUCAAGAUGGCGGAUUUUGCGAACUGUGUGACGGCGGGGGAUGGAAUAAAGGAUCGACCAUGUCCGCCGAGACAUCCGGGGGAACCCGAUAGGGGUUUCUUGAGGGGGUUGAGGAGUCUGAGGAAGUAUUUUUUGAAGAUUCAAAGGGAUACCAGGGUUGAGCUGGGGCUGGCGGCGCCGUUUAGGAAUGGGAAUGGGGAGAAGGAUGAGUGGACGUGGGAGGAUAGUGAAGAGGAGGGGAGUGUUAGUGAGUAG